CAAAAUAAAACAUGUGCGACGCGAUGUAUUGAUCGACGAUUGUUGAAUAAAAAUUAAAAGAAAUAUGAUUAUUGUGAUGUAAUUUAAGUGUAAUUAUUAAUUGUGAUAUUAGUGUUAUAACUUACAAGUUAACAAAAUCCUGCUCAAAAAUGAUGGAACAUGUGAGGAUGUUUGAUUGGUGUGCCUCAGUGCAUGACCAAUACUUUGUGGAGGAGGCAGAUCUAGACAACUGCAACACAGAGAAGAUACUCCGGAACAAGUUCCUUGACCCUCUACUGUCCAGUGACUCCGAAGAUGAAGAGAGGCAUAAUAAGAUAAACUGGGAUGAGAUAUUUAAGAAUAAACAAAAGCACAAACUAUUUGUGCCAUGUCUGCGACAAGUGCCAGCAUACCCCAAGCUGUCCAGCAUGGACUUCCGCAAGCACCUGCAGUUCCUCAAAGUGCUGAGUGCAGACAAUCCUCACAUUUUACCUGAUCUCUUUAUUGGUAAACCUACAAGGAAUGAUAUAAAAUUAUUUGAGACUGCAAAGGAAGAAUACUUAAAAGAACAAAAAGAGUACAAGGAAUGGGCCAAAUCUCUCUGGACAACAGACCACUGCAUCCGAGCCUUACGUCCCAAACCUACCAUAGAGACGGUAUAUGAAGCUGAGUACAAGGUUAGGGCUCAGCGAGUGCAGUCACUGCCUAAAAACUAUGAUAUAGCUGCACAGAUACCUCUUGAAAGUACUAAGAGUAACUGUGAAUUAGUGCUUAAACAGGAGCUGAUUAAUGUACCUCUAUCAGACAUGGCACAAGUACAGGUUCCAGAUAAAAUUACGAAGGUGUUCAGCAUCAUCAGACCCUGCACUGUACCAGAGCCUUGCCACAAACAUCCUUAUCAAAUUGUAUUGCCAAAUGAAGAUGCAGUAUCAAUGUUACCUAUAACAGAGAUACACCGCGAGCUCGCGUCGUACGCGCUGAACAACGGCGCUCAGUAUAUUGCGAGUGAGAAUGCUCUCAAGUGUCUCGUGCAGUGGAAUAGACACUGGUUGUUGCCGCUGUCUGUCUGCAAUACUGUUGGGCCUGACGGCGAGGCAGUGAACGUGGUGGUGUUGGGCAGCGAGUUCUCCGUCAACAAGGAGGCUGCGCCCGUCAGGACUUACAAGGCAUUCAGACAUCUGCUCGAACAUGCGCUUAUACCGUCGUCAGAAAAAGAGAGGGUAUUAGAAAACAGCAAAAGCAAGGCUAAGAAGAAACACACCUCGUCUCCUAAGUUGGACGUGUCGGCGGCCGCCAUUACAACUGACGUGGAGAUGACGAGUGAUGACGAUGAUCAUCACUUGUGUAUCGAUACCGGAGAAGAAACCGACAUGGACUUGCCACUAUCGUCUUUGCUCAAGGGGCAGUCCAAACGCAUCAAGAGUUCCCCGCGCGCCGCCCGCGCUCCCGCCAGCCCCCGCGCCGCCCGCGAUGCUCCGCGACACGUCACCCGCGCCGCCGCCAGGCGAGCUAGCGACGAUGUGGGGGAUAUUGGAGUCUAUACUUGCACUUGUAAAGACACAUUGUUCGAGCAGCCUCCGCGUCGUUCGUACAAAAGAUGGCAGUUCAGGGACAAGGCGACCAAUGAACACCAUGACAUUAUCGUACAUUGUGCACAUAAGACUAGGGAUAAAUCAGGCGAAAUAAUACUAGAACCUCUACCAGAGUAUCAGAUGGACUUAGGAGCAAGCGAACAAUCCGCCGACAGUCUGCGCAGCAUCGCUCUCUCGCUCGCUCUCAGGAAACAAGCCUCAGUACUCAAUGCCCGUAUAGACGGUCAAACAGGCGAUGUGGCGACCUUCGAAAGCCACACCUCUGAAGACUUAAAUCAGCAACACUCGGAGCUGAGGAGACAAGCACUCGGCUCCGUGCAGGCGGCGUUGCAGCAGCUGCAGGGCCUGCUGCCCGGAGACUAUAUCCUGCAGCAUGAGCAAAGUCACGGGCCGAACUGUCUCCUGCUGUCUCCUAGCGCGACUAGCGUCACCCCGCAGCUGCGGCUGACGUUCGACAGCACACAGCUGGUGGAGGCUGAUGAGGCACACACUGUCAAGACUGCCCCAGUGCUGUGUGACGUGCUACUGCCAUAUCAUAAACAUCGCAGAAUUCUGCCAUGCACCUUCACCCCUUACGAGAGCCAACUAGCCAAGGAGUCUAAGAAGCCACAGUCUAAGAAGAAAUCUCCGCCUCAAGCCAUCAAGUGUGAAGCGGAGCGGCCGGCACGCGACCACACCGCCAAGGUACCAGGGUUAUACUGUGCCGACCUUACGUGGCAUUGCAGAGAUUAGUUUAGUUCUACUGGGAUAAUGUACCUUAUGGCUAUGGUUUUAAAGUUCAGUUUAAAACUUUAUGUUCCGUCUUUAAGCUUGAUAUACAUAAACGAGGCAAUAUUUUGCGUUGCGUUCGAUUUUUUUUUCACACGUUAUUUUCAUUUAAGUGCCUUUAUUUUGGAAGAGAAUGCUAGCAAUUAUACGUUAUAUAUUUAUUAUUACUCAGCCAUUGCUCCUGGUAGAACUACGUAACUAAUCUCUGAAUGUAUGUGAGUUUGAGACGGCGCACGAUUCACGAACUAUUUAACAUCAAUCAACGGAGAAGCCAAUAUUCCCGUAACAUCAGAAGUGGACUGCUAUUUUUUGUUGUAAAAUCAACUGCACACGUAACUUUAUGAAUAUAAUCAUUUUAUGCUGUUUUAGUUCCACAUAC